GAAAACUCCAUUUGGGCAAGAUUUCACAGAGAAUAUCAAGCACAAGGUGUGGCUUCGUGUGGGACUCUAUGACGUUGAAAUUGUCAAAACUCAGGGACAGGUAUACAAGUCAGUGGUGGAUAGAGAGCAAGUGAAGGAUGAUCUAAACGUUGUGACCCAGAUGGCAGAACUUGCGGGCAAGUUGACAUGCCAUCACCAGGGUCUCGAGGAAAUGAUCAAAGACCUGAACUCAAAUUUAUCCAGACAGCUUUCAGAGGCCAGUACAAGAAAUAUUCCACCAGAUUCCAACAAAAUGGAGCUCCUUGUCACCACACAAGCAGACGUGAUACACAUAGUCAUUGGCUUCUCUACAGCUGAGAAAGAGAAUGUCCUGGGAAGCAGCGUUCACAGAAGCAAAACACAAACUCAGUUUGCUGUCAAACAAAAGAGCUCCUGA